UAGAGGGGGAAAAAGAAUCCGUGUCCUCCUCGUCCUCUGAUCCUAAAAAAAGCAAGUGAAACAAACUCGCGCGCAAUCCAUCGCGGAGUUGGUUUUCCGGUUCCUCCCCUUCUUAUCCGCGUAAGCUCAAGUUUGGGGGCAGAUUCUGAUUGGGAGAGCUGCCGUCGAAUCGGUCCAUGGGGCAGCCGGAGAAGCCUCUUCGGGAAAUCCAGAUCGACGACGAAUCGACUACAUUGGGCAUAAGAAAGGGAUCACCCUGCAACCAAGAUGAUGGUUCUCACGAUGGCAAAAGAAGCAAAUAUUCAGGGCAAGAGCUUCCACAGGACAUUUGGUGUCAUAUAGUUUCCCUAAUGACGCUGCGGGAUGCUGCCUGUGCUGCCUGCGUGUCUCGUGCCUUUCUAUGCUCCUGGAGAUGCUAUCCCAACCUCAUAUUCAACACCAAAAUAAUGGGCAGGUCGAGGGACAGAGGUUUCACCUGCACAGUUGAUGACAUUUUGAAAAAACACUCGGGCAUCGGUGUGAAGACAUUCGAGCUUGAUUUCUCCCGUUGCUGCAAGCCCAACGUCAAUGAAUAUCUCCAUGGGUGGCUUCAGAUAGCGGUUACACCAGGCAUCAAAAAACUUACCCUUGUGAUGCCUGAGGAGGAAGCUGUCAGCUUCCCUUGCCCUGUUUUAUCUGAUGAGAAUAGAAGCUCGAUCCGGUAUCUUCACCUUGUUCACUGCGCCGUCCGUCCUACAGAUAACCUUUGUUGCUUGAGAAACCUGACGGAGCUGCAUUUUGAUUGGGUUCGAAUCACGGGGGACGAGUUAGGGUGCCUUCUUUCCAGCUGUGUUGCUUUGGAGCGGUUGAAACUCACGAGAUGCCCCGAGAUAACUUACAUGAAGAUACCUUCCUGGCUGCAGCGGCUCAGCUACCUGCAGGUGUUAGAGUGCCACAGACUGCGGAUGCUAAGGAAUGAAGCUCCAAACAUUCAUAGUUUUCACUUUAAAGGUGUCCGAGUAGAGGUCUCACUGGGAGAGUCAUUGCGAUUAAAGAACCUACAUAUGAUAUGUUACCGCUUCCUCCAUUAUGUACGUGAAGAGCUUCCAUACAGUGUACCGAAUCUUGAAACUCUUAAAAUAUGUUCAUAUAAUGAGUUGGUCAAUACAACUAUGGCGUUCUGCCCUAGCAAGUUCCUCCACUUGAAGCACGUGGGUAUCUGUAUUAUUGGGGCCUAUGAUUAUUUUUCUCUGGUUUCUUUUCUAGAUGCAGCUCCUUUAUUGGAGACAUUCGACCUGCGUGUAGUGGCAUUUAAACAUACCAUCGGUGAAUUGCUUUCUGACAAUCCCUCGCAGCUACAGCAGAGGGCAGGAUACCAUCAUGAUAAGCUCCAGAGAGUGAAGAUAUCUAGAUUCUACUCUUGGAAGAGCUUGGUUGAGCUGACGUGCCAUAUUCUCGAGAAUUCAUCAUCACUGGAGGGCCUUACAUUGGACACCACCGAUGAUCGGUUUGAUGCUGCUACUAGUAAAUGUUCUUAUAACAGAUCAGACAAAUGCUCCUUCUUGGCUAAACCCAUGGACGCCCAUAAAUCAGUCUUGGCAAUCAGAAAACACAUCAAGGGAAAAGUUCCCUCUACAGUUCAGCUGGAUGUUGUGGAGCCUUGCCGCCGGUGUUACCCUAUUAGGCACUUAUACUAG